UUUCACGGUUUACCGAGAAAAUCUAUAUUCCGCCGAACAAAGUCACCGUCGAAGAGGAGAGAAGAUGAACCACUCCACCAGAUUCCUCUCCCUCUUUUCUCCUCCUAUCUUACGUGCCCUCUUCAUCGGCCCCUUAACCAAGCUCCGUCGUCUCCAUGGACGUUCUCCGUUGUCUUUUCCGCUCCAGCGGUUCCAUAGUCACUGAGUUCGUGUCUCCGUCUCCGUCUCCGUCUCUCUUCCUUCUCAUCACCACCACCACCAGCUGCUCCCUGAAUGGGCGGGGCUGAUCAAAUCUCUCUCCAAAGCUGGUUACUUUACAGCCUCAGCGCCAAGUUCCGGUUUUGAAAACGAGUUCUUUCCCGGUUUACCGGAAGAGCUCCUCCGUCAAGGUAUUGCUUGCUUGCCUCUAGCUCGCGAUCGUCCCGAGUUGCUUGAAAUGGUUUCGAGGAGAGACGUCCAAGUGGUGGUGGAGAAUGUGAAGCCGUUACUGUUUAGGAUUGUUCCUGAUUCUCUCGAAAGGAUGAGCCUUUACCUAACUAGUGUUGGUCCUCAGGGCAUUGGUAAGUGUGAUGAAGCAAGACCAAAAAGACAGCUAACUGAUAGUGAAUGGGAGUGUCCCCAAUGCGAUUUCUACAAUUGCGGGAGGAACAUAGCCUGCUUAAGAUGCGACUGCAAGCGACCAGGGGACUUCUCACUCACUUCAGCCGACUCUUCUCAUUCCAGGGAUGAUCCUGAACUUGAGAGAAGAGUGGUGGAAAACGUAGAGAAAGCACAGAGGUGUUCUGAUGCAAAGAGUGUUUAUAGUACAGAUGAAGAUUUCUCGGAGAUUAUGCCUUUGAGGAAAGGAGUGAAUAGAUACGUUGUUAACACGAGAAAAACACCUCUUGAGAGAAGGUUGGCUAAUGCUGAGAACAGUGUAGCUUCAGAUGGAAACUCGAAUAGGAGCCUGAAUGAGAUUCUCGGCUCUACAUCAUCCUCUUUGCCUUCUUCUUCCAGGAGGUUUGAAUCUUCUCAGGUAGUUAACUCUGACUUUGUCCCGUUCGUGCCGGUGCCACUACCUUCCGAUAUGUUUGCCAAGAAGGCUGAUAAGGAAGACACACAGAUAAGAAAUGCUUCUCAGGUAGUACAAAAAGAACCUUCAAGCAACAAUCCUGAACCAGGGAAGGUAAGAAAUGGAAAGAGCUUGGAGGGUUCGUUAGUGAAGGAGCUUGACAUGUUGGACAUGUCGGAGGAAGCUAAAGCAGAGAGAUGUUUUAAGCGAGUGGCUGAGAUUAAGAACAUAUCAGAGCUAAGUCACAUCCCUGACGAAGAUUUCCCGUCGAUAAUGCCAAUGAGGAGAGGAGUGAAUAGGUUUGUCGUCAGCAAAAGAAAAACUCCACUGCAACCGCGUUUAGCUUCUCAACGCCAACAUAGAGACCCUCUUCCAUUCACCUAUUCUAAUCCAGCUAGUAACAGAGAUACAUGAACUUUGUAUAACACAACAAUUUUGCAGUGUAAUUUACAGGACCACAAUUUUAUUA